UGAUGAUUAAAAUGAAAUUGGCUUUGCAGCAUCGGCGGGCAAGCUCGCAACUGCAAUGGAGUAAUAAACACAAGCGUACAUUCUAGUUUAUUCUUUCUCAACCCCUUCUUCACUUUCUUUCUCUCGCUCCUUGCAAGCUAUAGUUCUAUAUAUCCUUCUUUUCUUUCUUCCGUGUCCUCUUUAUGUGAUAUUCUUGUUCCAUAUAAAAAAUUUCCGGAGAGGCGUUUGCAGCUCGCAUUCACCGACUGUAUUCCAAGGAAAAACGCGGUUUGGUUUCUCUGUGGGGUCAUUUCUUUCAGAAACAAACUACAUGAUUCUGCAAAAUAUCUAAUGGAAGAAAAGCAGUUAGAUUUUAAUCAGCCGCUUUUAUCUGUAAGGCGAUUCUCGUCGACAGUUGCCUCUGGAAAGGACAAUAAAAGGAAAACUGAAAAAUCAUCAGCUAGAUUACCUCCUCUUCCUGCUUACAAGUCAGAGUUGAAGUCGGGUCCGGUGAGGAAUCCUGGAACAGUUCCUUUUGUAUGGGAGCAGACUCCUGGAAGACCCAAAGAUGAAAACAAAUCACACACUCAGGUUGGUGGACCAUCUUACAUUCCUAUCACUCCCAAUCUUCCACCUGGGAGGGUUUUGAAAGCUAAACACAGAGAUUCUGAUAAGGCUUCGAGAGACACAUCAGUUACUCAGUCUAGAAAAGGAAGCUCUGUAUCCAAUUCUACAAGUGUCAAAUCUAUUAACAAUGAUGUGUCCACUUUUCAGUGUGUCACAUCUGAUGUAACAAAACGUGAGAGCCCGAAAGAGGCAAUCCGAGAAAAGGCUUGUUCUGUUUCAGAUGAUGGAGAUGAGGCCUAUCAAGAUGCACUUGAUACUCUUUCUAGAACUGAAUCAUUCUUCAUGAACUGUAGUGUCAGUGGCUUGAGCGGAUUGGAUGAGCAAGAGGCCCAUCUAUCUCGAAGUAUCUCACAAGAUCAAUUUUCUCGUCACUUCAUGAUUGAUCGGUUCUUACCUGCAGCACAGGCAGUGGCUUCUGAAACUCCUCAAUAUGCCUUCAAGAAGCUACCUGUUGCACGAGAACAACCAAGGCAGGUGAGGAAGGUAAUGGAUGGAGAAAGACGCCAUACAGUAAAUCAGCACUGGCCAAAUAAUUUGCCACCCUAUGCCCAAGAACUAUGUAAGGAAGAAAGUGAAGAUGAAGAUGACCUGUACAGUGAAUUUGGGGACAACACGGGCAAAAUUUGUGGGCUAUUUCCGUCUUUCUGCCUUUUGAAUCCAAUACCUGGUUUGAGAAUGCAGGAUAGGAUGCUAAAUUCACCAGUUCACAAGACGCACGCUAGAUUAAGUGCUCCUCAUAGUGAAACUGAAAAAACGCGGAAUGCAAGAACUGCUUACUAUGAGAAAAAGUGGGCAGAUUCCAAGACUGGUUCUACAGAAGAGAAAUAUUCUAUGGGCAUUCCUCGAAAGUCUGCAAAUGACAUUGAUCAACAUCGAAGGGGUUGCAGCACAUUACCACUCUCUGAGGGAACCCAAUGUGAUACUGGUUGCACAAGCCCGGUUGUUGAGAAAACCCUGUAUGUGGAUUCUGUACAGAAGGUUAAAUCUUAUUCAGGUUUAAAUGCUUCUGAAAUGAAGGUUCAGACCAAUCACCAAAGGGAUGAUUUUGAGAUUUCCAGAAAAGAUGGCAAGCUUUUGACUGUUGAGGAUAAGAAGGCAACAUCACCACCUAAAGGUUUGGAAUCUCUUGAUUCAUCUCUCAUCCCAUGUUCUGAUAGAUCUAUUAAUGAUAUGCAAAUGGGAAAGACAGAUCUUUCUAAUAAGCUGGUCAACCAAGGAAGAGACUUACCUCACAAUUCAAGUCCAAAAGCGGGUGAAUGUGACAAAAUGAAUUCAACUAGCGAUCAAGAAAGUCUCAAUGGCCGAAUUCAGACUUCUAUAUCAUGUAGAAAAGUCAAAUUGGCCGGUGAUGUGGAAGUUGAGUCAGAGAGACAAAAAGCUGCAAAAUCUGUUGACCAAGUUCUGAAUCAAGAUUUCAGUACAUUGGCUAGCCCAAGAGUGGUUGGCGAUGGUAAGAUUGACUCAAAAAGCCCUAGACUAAUGAAACUAAGAGAUCAAGGAGACUCAGAUAUACAGAAUUUGCAGCUUGCUCUUGCCCUUCCCUUACCCAAAGCUCCUUCAGAUUCUUGGCUUAACCGUACCUUACCGAUCAUUUCCUCGAGGAACAUAUCAUUGCGGUCUUCUCCUGUUGCCCACAUUCAUGGACGAGGACAAAGUCCCAAGACAGCAUUGCUUGGUCCCAAGUGGGAAACAAUUGUGAAAUCAUCUAAACUACAUCAUGGGCAUUUGCGAUUCUCUGAGGAAUUGUUGGCUCCCGUUCCUGAAGCUUGAACUUGUAUGAAGAGAAGGCCGCAGAUUAUUUCAAUUGCUCGCUGAAAUGGGCAGUUUCUUUGGGUGUUUUAAAGGUUUUUUUUUUUUUUUUUGGGUAUAAUUCUUUUGAUCUUUUCGUUCUACAUAGCUGAACUCGCUUUCGCUGCUAUAUAACUAUGCAGUAUACAGAGAUGGUAUAUAAGUGAAACUGUAAAUCACAGCCUUGUUUCAAACUGUCAAUGUAAUAAGGUGUUUCAAGUAAUAAAUUUCUUGUACGCCACAUGAGCUUUAUGGUUA